AUGCUUGCCAAAGUCAUCCCGCCACCCAAGUGGUCCUCCUUCCCAGCCAGCCGACUCAUGCAUCGCCGUGGCGAGUCCGAGCAAACCCCAUCCAGCAGUCCUGUCAUGGUAGGCAACCGGCGCUCCAGGGUGCAGAGCCAGAGCCACGCCGGCUCGCCCUCCCCACGCAGCUCCGCCAAACCAUCAUCAUCAUCAUCAGUUUGGUCGCCGCCGCCCUACACACCGAACGCAAGCAACUCCAGCCAGCCUCUGUCGACUGAAUUUCAAGCCGACGGCGACGAGCGCUACGCCUUCCUGAAGGACUUCGACACCAUCUUCCUGGUAGACGACAGCUCCAGCAUGCGCGGCGAGCGCUGGCAAGAAGCCGAAGCGGCCAUCGCCGCCAUCGCGCCCAUCUGCACGCAGUACGACGGCGAUGGCAUCGACAUCUUCUUCCUCAACCACCGCUGCGAGGUACCGCCGGGCGUGUACGAUGCCAACGGGGGUGGCUACACGAACGUCACCACCGCGGCGCAGGUACAACGAAUCUUCAGCAGCGUUCAGCCGCGCGGCGCAACCCCAGUGGGCAAGCGCCUGUUGAGCAUCCUGGGUCCGUACCUCGCAGAACUCGAGCGGCUCGAACACGCCGCAACCAAUGCCUCUCGCCGCGGCGACGUGCGGCUGGCCGCGCAGCUGGGCGCCAAGAAACCGAAGCCGCUUAAUAUCAUUGCUAUCACGGACGGCGAGUUUACCGAUGAUGCAGAGAGCAUCAUUGUUCAGGUUGCUCGCCGGCUUGAUGGGGAGGGCUGCAAGGCGCUGCCGUGGCAGGUUGGGGUGCAAUUCUUUCAGAUUGGGAACGAUGAGCGCGCGACCAAGUACCUGCAGCAGCUGGAUGAUGAUUUAGGGGAUUGGUGCCAUCGGAAGAAGAUGCGAGAUAUUGUUGACACCGUGCCUUGGCGAGGGGGAAGGGGAGAACGCUGGAUGCGGAUGGGAUGUUGA